AUGACGAUUCGAAAACCUGCAAGGCGCACCACCAAGGUGUGGGACUCUUUAGUAACAAGAUGCUUGCCCCUUCAAGAUCGUGAUGCCGAAUUCUGGUGGCAACUUACGGGUUAUCACAUGGCCCAUAUGCUAGAUGCUGCUGGUUAUACCGUGGAAAGACAAUACGAGGUGCUGUUGUUUCAUUACCUCUGGAUUGUCCCUCGAUUAGGACCAGCGCCCGACGCCGAUGGCGUUCCGAAAUGGAAGGCCGUCAUGGCACACGAAGGCUCGCCGUUGGAAUACUCCUGGAAGUGGAACACAACUACUUCGCAACCCGAAAUUCGGUACUCAUGGGAGCCUUUCAACCCCGGCUCGGAUAGAAAUAGUAACCCUUUAAACCACGCAAACUCACUUGACUAUAUGCAAACAGUAUCACACAUUGUUCGGGACGUAGAUUUUACUUGGGCGCGACAUUUCCUUAGGGAGCUGGAGAAGGAAGAUCGUCCGGCCUCAUACUUCCUCCAUGCUGUUGAAUAUAACCCUGCUGGGAAACUCGGCCUCAAAUCAUACUUUGCUCCUAGGUGUUUCAAACUACUCGAAGGAGGCGAUUCUAUGGUUAAAAAGGAAUGGGAUGAUGCGAUUACCAAACUUGGCCCGAGCAACGCUUGCCGUGACAAUUUGAUGGAGUUCCUCGCUAACAAUCCGGAAGGGAAACUAAUGAAACCCAUUGUCUUAGCUAUGGAUGAUGUAAAACCCAGCAAGUCACGACUCAAGUUCUAUUUGAUGACACCACACACCAGUUUCGCAUCUUUAAAAGAAAUCAUGACGAUGGGAGGGCUCAUUGAUAUCCCUGAAGCGAACAUGAAAGACUUACGCUCCCUUAUACAAGCUAUUAUCGGAGUACCGAGCGAUUACCCCGAACACGCCAACAUGCCUAUCACGCCCCCCAUUGGGAAGACGUGGGCUGACACAGAGAAUUUGUUCGAAUGUUUCGUCUACUUCUUUGAUAUAGCACCUCAAAACCCCCAGCCAGAAAUCAAGUUGUACCUCCCUGCUCGAAUGUAUGGCCCAGACGACCUUGAAAUUGCGUAUCGUCUUAUGGAUUGGAUGAGGGCUCGUGGUCGAGGUGCAUACUGUGAUCAAUACCUGCGCAUGCUAGAGGUGGUGGGCGAGCACAGGGGCUUGGCGAACGGAAAGGGGCUUCAUAGCUUCAUCAGCUACCAGAUUAAGAACGGUGAGGCGGACGUCAAGUCUUAUUUUACCCCUGAGGCGUACCACCCGGCUCGAUUCGGUAGGGCAUGA